UCCGGGAACUUUGAGACUUGGCCCCGGGGGCCCUCGGUGACAUUUCAGGCGGCGCCUCGCCAGGCCAGCCUCCCGGGACCCUCUGCCGGCUGCAGACUCGCCGGCCGCGCAGCUCGGAGAGACACCCCGGGCCGCCCCCCGCGGCCGCGCGCGAUCCGGACGGUGGAAGACGUGGCCGCGGGCAUGGGCAGCUUCUCGCUGGAGCCGUGGCUGCCGCGGCCUCUCAGCCCCCCGGGCCUGGUCCUCGCUGCGGCCCUGCUGCUGCUGGUACUGUAUCUGCACGCCCGGCGCACCAGCAUGUAUCCCAGGAGUGGCUCCAUCCCGCAGCACUGAACUGUUCAUAAAACCAGGAGGGAGGAUGGCGUGGUGGGUUCCGUGCAAAGUGGCACAUGUGCAGUCCCUUCAUACUGAGACCUGGUGAACCUCCAUUGAUAAAAGGCUGGCUUCCUUACUUUGGAGAAGCCCUGAAAUUACAAAAAGAUCCCCUAGGUUUCAUGACUACUCUUCAAAAGCAGUAUGGUGACGUUUUCACUCUUUUCCUUGGGGGAAAUUACAUAACGUUUAUCCUGGACCCUUUCCAGUACCAGUCAGUGGUAAAAAAUCAAAAAUUAAGCUUUCAAAUGUUUACUAGUAAAUUCUUAAUGAGAGUAUUUUCUGUCAAAAAGAUGAUGACAUAUCAUGACCUGAACGACAAGAUUCAUACUAGCUAUCAACUUUUACGAGGGAAGCAUUUGGACACACUGAUGGAAAACACAAUGCAGACUCUAAAACAAGUUUUUGAACCACAGCUCUUAAAAACCACAAGUUGGGACACGGAAUAUUUGUUGACAUUCUGCAGCUCAGUGAUAUUUGAGGUGACAUUUACAGCCAUACAUGGAAAUGUUCUCGCUGGCGAUAGGAAAACAUUCAUGACUGAGUUAAGAGAUGAUUUUUUUAAAUUUGAUGGCAAAUUCACACAUUUAGCAUCAGGCAUACCCAUUGAGCUUCUAGGAAACAUCAAGUCUAUUCGAACGAAACUUAUAAAACAAUUGACAACAGAAAACUUAGCCAAGUUACAAGGAUGGUCAGAAGUUGUUCAAGUGAGGCAAGAUAUCCUGGAGAAAUACUAUACGCCCAAGGACACUGAAAUAGGAGCACAUCAUUUAGGCUUGCUCUGGGCCUCUGUGUCAAACACUGUUCCAACUAUGUUCUGGACGAUGUAUUACCUUCUACGGCACCCAGAAGCUAUGGCAGUGCUGCGUGACGAAAUUGACCAUUUGCUGCAGUCAACAGGUCAAAAGAAAGGGCCUGGAUUUUCCAUCCACCUCACCAGAGAACAAUUGGACAGCCUGGUCUACCUUGAAAGCACCAUUCUUGAGGUCUUGCGACUAUGCUCCUUUUCUGGCAUCUUUCGCGUCGUUCAAGAGGACUUGACACUACACUUAGAGAGCCAGGACUGCUGUCUGCGAAAGGGAGACUUUGUAGGCAUCUUUCCUCCCGUCUUACAUUAUGACCCUGAAAUCUUUGAAGCUCCAGAGGAGUUUAGAUUUGAUCGUUUUACAGAAAGUGGUAAGAAGAAAACCGCCUUUUUUAAAAGAGGGAAAAAGUUGAAGUAUUACCACAUGCCAUUUGGAUUUGGAGUCAGCAAAUGUCCAGGCCGAUUUUUGGCAAUAGUUGAGAUAAAGCAAUUGUUGGUUGUAUUUUUAACUUAUUUUGAUUCAGAAAUAAUUGAUGAUAAGCCCUUAGAACUAAACUACAACCGCUUUUUGUUUGGUAUACAGUAUCCAGACUCUGAUGUUUUAUUUAGGUACAAAGUAAAAUCUUAAAGAAGCUAAAAGGAAAGAAAGGAAAUCUAUCAAAGCUAACCUAAAUGUCCUUAGCUCAUCUAUUUGUUUUUAAUUUCUUCAAAUGUAAUUGCUUUGUUUGUUUUAAAAGUGCCAAUUUCUGUUUGAUCUAAGUCCAGUCUGUACUUCCUCACAAAACCCAUCAAAAAAAAGAAAGAAAGAAAGAAACAGCAUGGUGGCAUGAAAUUGACAUCAAAAUCAACAUAAUGAUUAACUUAAAGUAGCUUUUUUUAAGUUUCUUCAUACGUAUUGUGAUUUGCAAUGUCAUAGUAAAUGUGCCGUCACAGCAAUAGACUUGACACUGUGGGAUUUUUCUAAAGUCCCGAAUUCUUCUCUAAUACGUAAGAAUACACUUUAUGUACUAAUGGAAAUUUGUGCUGGAAAUGGACACAGUCUAACAAAUUCCAAGUUCUCAGAGAAGAAGGAAAUUAAAUUUCCAUGAGAUACACUGGAUGAAAAUGUUCCCUUCAAGUAUAAUAUCAAUAAUAUCUAUAUUGCCAGGGUACGUUUGCAUUAAAUGAGUUUUGCAGUAGAUUAAAUGCUUCAACUUCACUUCAAUAUUUUAUCAUCCGUAAAUGUUCUUUAUUACUUUGUAUACUGUGGCUCAAUAGAACAAAAUUUCUGGUUAUAUAAGGCCACUCAUGUUCAAGUGAGACACUGAUAAGAUUUAUCAGUGUAAGAACACACAAAAACCUAUUAUAUAUUCAGCAAUCGCCCUAGACAUUAGUAUUAGGUUUAUUGUAGGAGUAAAUAUUGAGCUCAGUACAGGACUGAUUGUAGCAUUUGACUCCAGUGUAAACUAUAAGGGUUAUGCCAGUGUUGGAAUUAACUUUCCUAAAUGCUUCCAUUUACACCAACUGAGAAACUAGAUAGCAGUAUUUGUUCUUGACGCCUCACCUCUUGGACUUGGAGUUUAUUUGAAUUACAACAUUAUGUAAUACAGUAUAAUUCCAUGUGCCACAAUGCAGCAUAGUGUGGAGGAUUCAAAGAUUGCUAGUAUCAGAUUGCCAAGUGAUUGUCUGGCAUCCUACCUAACUGCUGAUGCCAUAUAUAAACAGGCAAAGCAGGUCAUUAAACCCAGUUAAUUCAUGCUGCAUUCUUUGGAACUUCUGAUAUUUCGGAAAUGUGCUAUUGUUUUUGAAAAGGAAAUUGAUUUUAAAAAUAACAGUAUAAAAUACUUAACCAUACUUAGUAACUAAAUAGUUUUUCUAGCAUUUAUUUUCUCCUUCCUGAAGUCCAUACUCUUAAGUGCACCUUAGUGAAGGUCUACCAGUCUAAACUUUGUUUUUGACAGAUUGAAGAUGUUUUCCUUUUUGCCCCCAUUCCUGAAAGGUGAUUUCGCUAGAUGCACAAGUCUAGAUUGACAGUGAUUUCCUCACAGGGCUUUGAGGAUAUCUCAUGUUCUGAAAAGGUUAGCCUUUAUUCGGUUUAAUUAUUCAGUAGGUAGUCUGCCUCUCGGACAGCUUUAACGUGCUCUCCUUGUCUUUGAUGUUCUUAGUUUCUGUUUAUCAUGCUUGCAUGUCAUGGUGUCUUUCAUGAAGUGUAGAAUGUUCACAGUCAUUAUCUCUUUGAAUAUUUCCUCCCUCAGGCUCCUGUAUCUCUCUCUGUACUCCAUGUUUGACCUUUUUGCCUCGUAUUUUCCCCCUCUAAUUUACAUUCUCGGUAAUUUCUUUUGAUCUUCAGAUUUCUCUGCCAGUUUAUUCUACUCUUUAACCCGUCCAUCGAGUUUGUUUCUUCCUUCUUUUUAUUUUAACCUCAGGUUCAUAGGACUGAGUGAUCACAUGCCUUAUGCCCCUUAGCUCAUGGUACACAAUUAUAAUUGGCCCAAACAAGGCCCUCUGGCUUUAUUUACUCGUUCUAUUUUAUCGCUAAUGGCCACCAUUAUACCCCUCCCCAUCAGAGGCAAAUAGUCUGUGUUUGGUGUGUAUCUUUUUAUUUGUAUGUGUUUUUAUAAAACAUAUGUUAUUAUCUUGGGUGCAUAUGUGUUUAAUUUUCAUAAAUGUAUAUUCUAUAAAUCAUUAUUCUUCUUAAUGUUUAACUACACUCUAUAUUUUUAAAGAUAUAUCCAUAUUACUUUAUGUAGAUUUAAUCUGUUGCUUCUAACUGCUGUAUAGUAACCCAUAAUGUGCACCCACCAUGUUUUAAUGCUCUAUUUACCCAGUGUUGGAAACUGUGUUGGUGGGACAGUUAAUUUGGGGGGAGAGGCCAAAGGAGAACCUACACGUCCUCCCACUACUGUGUGCUCCACCCUCCACCCUGAGCUGCAAACCCUGUCAUCAGCAGCCUCACCACACGCGCACAUACACACGCGCGCUCGCACACACGUGUGCGCAGAUGCGUGCACACGCACGUGCAGACACACGCGCGCGCACCUACGUGCGCGCACAUGGACGCGUGCGCACGCCCACAUGCACGCACGCACAUGCACGCACGCACUGACGCGUGCGCACGCCCACAUGCACGCACGCACAUACACACACGCGUGCCCACACACACACAGGCCGUGUCAGCCUUCAUUCUCUGAGAUGUUCCAGACUUGUAGACUUGUGUUCCAUCCUGUACCUGGUAUUUCCACAUCAUCAGUGUUCUGUGGGUCUGAUUCUGUAGUUUGCUUUUCUUUUAACUCUGCCUCAGGAUGGCUUGUUUACUGGGCCCAUGUUCCUUGGAAUUUUAUCUCUGGACAUUUUUUUAAGACCUGAGUUUAAAGUUCACACCUCCAGAGAGAAUUUGCGUUUGCUUUUGUCUGACUGCUGGUGUUACUAUCAACUUCAGAUCACUUUACAUUUUCAACUUGAGUAUUUUGAAAGGGGAUUGGGAACAACAUAGAUAGUGUGGGUUCUAGCCCUAAAUCAGCCAGACUGCAACCCUAUGAGUAGGAAUAGACAGGAGAGACUUUCUGGGGGUUUUUUCCCCUUUACCCAAAGUCAAGGCUGAGACAGGCAAGUACACCCACAGUCCUUCUCUGUGGAGCAAGGUUUCUUUCUAAGUCACUUACUGAGGGUGCUGUCUCUGCAAAUUCUUGGCUUUGUGUACAGGUCUUGGAUUACACGCGCGCACGCACACACACACACACACACACACACACACACGCCCCGCUUGGGCCCCAAGCUUUAUCUUCUGCCUGCCACAAAGUAUAGCCCAUUCGUUUUGUACUAGGACAUGUAUUCCACCAUGUUACCUGAAGUGGAAGCUUCCAGAUUCUUAAAUUCAUCUUAGUAGUACACUUUUGUGCUGCUACAGCAGAGAGAGCACAGAAAAGUAUUCCAUUCUAAUUUCUGCUUAAUUUAUAGCGAAAGGAAUUUAGAGUAGAAGUAUUAUGUAAAAUAUUACAUAAAAGCAAUGGGUGGCAAAACCAAAACAAGAGAGUCUUGUGACAGGCUUAAAUCUGGUAAUUAAAGAUUGUUUAUAAAUAGAAUAAAUGUCGUGGAGAAAUAAGUUAAAAGACAUGGAUUCUAGCUAUGACAUAACUGGUUUGUUUUCAUCAACAAGUCACUUUGCCUCUCAGUGCUUCAGUUUCCAUAUUUGCAAAAUAAAAAUAUUAAGGCCUUUUGACACCAGGGUUCAUCGUGAGGAUUGAACACAGUAAGAUGUGCAAACUGACUUUGAAAAGUGUAAUGCAAUAUACAAACUUAAAGUGUAAAAGAGAUACUUUGACAAUGUUGUGCCUUUUAAAAACUGUUCUUUUGUAUUUGUUAAAGGGAACCAUUUUUUGUCAUUAGUUAAUUCAUUAUUCAUUUAUUCAGUCAAACACUUAUUGAGCAUUUCCUCUAUCCAAGAUGUGAUGCUAUGCACUGGAUUACCCUUCUUCAAGAACACAUAAUUUAUUAGAGAACACAAUACAUACCCAACUAAUUUAUUAUAAAUGUAGUUGUAAUAAAUCAUCUCCUUAAAACUAUUUUAAAAUUCUGAUUCAUCACCAGUUCUAACGAAACUUCCAUCACUCAUUCCAAAUUAGUGUUCUCUAAUGAGAAAUUACUGUGAGCCUAAUUACAUACAAUAAAACAUAUACAUCAAGUAUUGUGAUUAUAUGUUAAAAAUCAUGAAAACCAAAUACAAUCAUUGAGGCUUCAGACUUGUUUAAAAGCUGUAUUUUACAUAUAGUAAAAACUCAUCUUUUCAUUUUUAAGCCUCUUCUAAAUUUCAAAUGAAAGAAAAUGAAUAACUAAAAAUAUUAUUUUAUAUCAAUGACCAACAGUAAUGAAGCAUUCAGUUAGCAAACACUAAAUGCUCUGAAGAUAUUCAGGGAAAAGCUAUUUAUCACUGAGUAAGGAAUGCUGAUAAGCAACCUAUUCGGGGACUUUUAUCUGCCUUGUUUGGCUUUCGUGGCGUACUUCAUUACAUUUUCUCCAUUUUCUCAUUAACUUUUGGGUCACAAGUGUGAGGCAGAGGAGCUUCUGUACUCAAAAUUUGCAUGAUUCUGUUUAUUUUCUCAUGAAAAAUAAUUUGGGUAGCAUUUCCUGUAAGCUACUUCUUCAAAUUUAACCGCAGAAUCUUAAAAACAAUUUCAAAGAUCAAAGCACAAAAACUAUCUAGACUUUGAUCUUCGUAUAAAACAAUGUCAAUAAUUAUAAAACAAGAAUUAUAGGCCUGAGAAUGUACACUGCUUUAAUCUAUUAAAUUUGCCAAUAUUGCAAACCAUUAUGUACUUGAACUGCAUUAUUAGGUAUUCAUAUUCACAUACUCAAUUAGGAAAAAGUUAGCAAGCCAAGAUUAAGUUCCCUGUAGCAUUAUUUUAAAUUACAGUGGAUGAUCACAUAAAGCUCUCUAAUGUUUCUCUAAAGCAAUUAUUACUUAGUCUACUUCAGAUUGUUAAUCUAAAUCAGUGAUCAUUGACGAUGGAACUUUUUUGCUUAAAUGUUUACUUUGUUUAUAAUGUCUUGAGUAAGAUAAAUUUAAUUCGUGAAAAUCUCUCCUGAACAAUUUUUUAAAGGAGGUAAUUUGGCAAUACUUACAUUUUAAAAUAUUUUUUAAGCAGAGGAGUGCUGUAUAUUAAAAAAAUAAUUGUCCUGAAUGUUUGUUUAAUACUCUUUUGAUUUUAAAAUGGUAUAUAGGUGGAUUUAUGAGGAAGCAAAUUAUCUUGAAAAGUCCUUAGGUAAGAAAUGCAAGUGCUUUGUAACUCAAUUAAUGCUGUUUUUUAAGUUUACAACAAGCCAAUAAAUUAACUUUUAAAGCACAGGUGAAUGACUGUGUCCCCUUAUUUCCCUACUAGGAGCAUGUUGGGUGACAGAAGAUUUGAUUACAAAUAGUAAAUUAUUUGGGAAAUAAUUUUGCUGUCUGAAGAUCCCCAAAUCCCCAUCUCCCCCCGACACAUACAUAUACAUAUAUUUUUAUUUUCUCAUACUUUCGAUAAAAGUACAUUAAUUGUUAUAUUCAGAAUAUGUUUCAAUGUAUUUUCACUUAGUUAUUUAUGUGGGAAAUAAAAACAGAUCCAAGUAAUAUCAGUGACUAAUAAGUUUUGAAACAAGCUUAUUUUAACCAGGCUGACCUUGCUAGGCUGCAGUUCUUAAUAAUAGCUAUUAUUCUGUGGAGAGAUGUAUAAGAACAACAAGAAUGGGAGAGAGAUUCCAUUUCUUUCCACAUAAGAGAGAUGUGGUCUUCGUCUUCUGCAGAUCACUUUACCACAGAUAAUGAAUGAGGCUGAGUAAUAUUUGGACACUAUUCUGUGUAUUCAUAGAGCUGAAAUGCAAGCUGUAAAUAAAACAUAACACAGAACAUGCUGUUGGUGAAGUGUGGCUUCUUCAGUAACUGUACAUACAGCAUUUUACUGGGACACUUAGCUUUUCUAAGAAACACUCCAUUAAUGUUUUAAAGAUCGCGCUAGACUCAAAGUGUUCCUGUUCAUUUGAACUAGGCAGUUCAGUAUUGCUGAACACUUAGUGUAAAUUAUGUCAUUAAAUGGACAAUCUAUGAAAUAAUUAUCUUUGCAUUCAAUUUUACUCUAAAAAACACUGAGUAAACAAUAAUUUUGCAGAACUGUCUGGCAUUAUCCAUGGUCAUGUGAGUAAUAAUGUGCAUUUUCUAUUGAGGAUAUAGCUGAAUAGAAAAAAAGAUAGUGGCUAUGCUGGUAAUUUUAAGUGUGUUUGGUACAGUUUUUGUUAAUUUUUUGAGGUAUAGUUUAUGUUCUUAAUUCCUAAAUGUAUUCAUUUUUAUAAGGAGAGACAUGAUAUACUCCAGACUACCUAGAAAGUAAAUUUAGAAAUAGACUCAUGAGGUAUUUCACUUCCCUUACAACUUACAAGUUUUGUGCUUAUAGGAGAAACUAGGGCAAUAGAAGUAACAGGUAAAUGUAGUAAUACCUAAUGGUUUAUCGUUGAGUCAAAUUAAAACACUUAUAAAGCACAUAUUAGCUGGAGAUUCUUAUUUGUUUGCAAGAGAACAUUUAUUUCAUGUAACUUUUAUUUCUAAGAACUAACCGUUAAAGUUAACAUAUAUGUCAUUAUUACCUGACAACCCACAUUUUUAAGUAAGUGAUUUUGUCUUUCAUGUUCAAAUUACUGUUUAAAUGAAGUGUACUUUCAUUCUAUA